AUGAGCCGCACGUUGGUCCUGAGCUUCUUCCUGGUGGCAGCUCGCAUCCAAGCGACGCGCACCUUGGAGGGUCGUGGCGGGACCAUGCAAGAUGUGGAGAUGAUUACGGCGGUGGGCAACUCUGUGAAGGAGCAGCACUCUAGUGAUGCUCGAGUGAGAGAUGCCAUCGAUGAAGUCCGUAGCAAUGCCGUGCAACUCAUCAGAGAGAUCGGUGAUGCUGCGAAGAGCGGCAGUGAGUGGGAGUUUUGCGGCUUUGCCAAACUCUGCAAGGGCGCGACGCCUGAAUGCUGCAAAACCUGGAGUGGCUUCUUGCACGAGUAUUCCUACGAAUGCAAAGCUAAGCAUUCCGGCUGUCUUUUGUCUAUGGGCGCUCCACUCGACCGCUGA